AUGACUUGGUGCAGGCUACCUGCAAGUACUCGACGAUUUGCAUUACUCCAUGGUUCCUCGCUUCGUCAUCGCCUCUCAACUUUGGGCCCCUCUCACAUUUCUCUCCUUCGCUCCCGUCUCUGGGCAUCGCGCCCCUUCAACACUCUUGCCAGCCAUUGCCAGGGUCGCCGGCCCGCACAGCCCACUCCCACUCCCACUCCCACUCCCCCUCAACUGUCUGACAAGCAGGAGGCUGACCGACCUGCAUUAGAAGAUUUGACGUGCCCCAACGACCUACCUCAUCUAGCCAUGCACUCGCCCAAUUCUCCCUCGCCCGAAAGAGGGCAGUCUGGACUGCUCAUAUGUACCAGCACAGGAGAGGCACAGCACUUUAGCCUCUUUACUCCCGGCGGCCAUGCGAGUACGCGGGCACCCUCCCUGGCGUGCGCGGUGAUUGCGUGUGUGUGGGUGAUCGCAACCUUGGCCCGCCGCCGUGGCGCCCGCCCGUGUAGCCGCCAACAAGCACGUCCUAGCCUGCGCCAGACUGGGCCUUCAAGCAGUACGCGCGAGCGAGCACUCUGGACACUGGAGUCUGGACGGAGGCGCACGAUUUGGCUGUCUCCGCCAUCAACGGCACGUAAUAGCGGCCCAACCGCCCGUCAAGCAGCUCUCCACUGCGGUCCGCCGUGGCUUGCGGAAGCUGAGCUUGAGUGGUUCCACAUGGACGGGCGGAACUUCAGCCUGCAUUCCAUUCCCCCCAUGGCCACUGCAAGGCUCGAGCGUCGACUAAGACGAAGUCCCCCGUCCGCCACAACGGGCAAAGUCACCGGCCUCAACGAGCCUGACGUCCAUUGA